AUGACAAACGCAGUAUCACAACCACGAUACCAAUUCCAAUUUCAUCCGUUCCAUCUUGUAGAAGCUAGCCCUUGGCCUCUUCUAACAGCUAAUGCUACGCUAUCUAUGAUGAUUGGAGCUGUGCUAUACUUUAACGGUAUCGCACACGGAUCAACUCUUGUAACACUAGGAUUCCUAGCAACACUAUUUGCAUUUAUUCUAUGGUUCCGAGACGUAACAACAGAAGGAACAUACCUGGGAGACCACACACUUAUGGUACAAAAAGGACUAACAAUGGGAGUUUCACUAUUCAUUGUAACAGAAAUCUUCUUAUUCCUAAGUAUCUUCUGGGCAUACUUCCACUCUUCACUGGCUCCUACAGUAGAACUGGGGUCACAAUGGCCGCCAGUAGGGGUUACAGCACUUAACCCUAUGACAGUUCCUCUACUUAACACAGUACUACUACUGUCUAGUGGAGCUACUGUAACAUACGCGCACCACGCCCUUAUCGAAGGAAACCGACGAGCAGCUAUCGUUGGAGCAGGACUAACUAUCCUACUAGCAGUAAUGUUCACAGCACUACAAGGACUGGAAUACAUGGAAGCGGACUUCACAAUCGCAGAUGGAGUAUACGGAUCAUGUUUCUUCUUCUCAACAGGAUUCCAUGGAUUCCAUGUUAUCAUUGGAACAACAUUCAUCGCAGUAGCAUUCUUCCGAAUCAUUAACUACCACUUCACAGCAGAACACCACAUGGGACUAGAAUCAUCUAUCCUGUACUGGCACUUCGUUGAUGUUGUUUGGCUAUUCCUUUACGCAGCAGUGUACUGGUGGGGUUCAGACGGAGUAUUCUAG